AUGGCACCGAAUCGAUUGAAUGUCUUGGUUUACACAGGUAGCGGCACAACUACCGAAUCUGUCAAGCAUGCCGUCUAUACCCUACGCCGCCUCCUGGCCCCCAACUAUGCAGUGUCCACCAUAGAUGAGAACGCCAUUCUCAAGGAGCCCUGGGGGUCAACCUGUGCCAUGCUAGCGAUUCCGGGGGGUGCCGAUCUUAAAUAUUGUCAAGUCCUGAACGGUUCCGGCAAUGAUUCAAUCUCAACCUUUGUCCGCAGGGGAGGCCGUUAUCUCGGCUUCUGUGCCGGUGGCUACUAUGGCAGUGCGCGCUGCGAGUUCGAGGUCGGAAGCAAAGAGGGCAUGGAGGUCAUUGGCUCCCGCGAGCUAGCCUUCUUUCCUGGGACCUGUCGUGGCUGCGCUUUCAAGGGCUUCAAGUAUCACAGCGAGGCUGGUGCCAUGGCUGUCAAGCUGAGAAUCAACCGUAGCGAAUUUGCGGACCAGCAGAUCACCGGACUGGCCGACACCUUCCGCAGCUACUACAACGGCGGCGGUGUGUUUGUGGACGCCGAAGCCAUGAAAUCGCAAAAUGUCCAUGUGCUUGCAAACUACGCCGAGGAUUUGGAUGUAGAUGGCGGCAGUGGAAAAGCUGCCAUUGUCCAUAUUCAGGUCAAGGAUGGUCAUGUCAUUCUGACUGGACCACAUCCUGAGUUCGACCAGGCCCAGCUGACCCCUCCAAGGCCAGAAGUCAAGGGCUACGACAAGCUCAUUCUGGAUCUUGAAGCAGAUGAGCAGGCGCGCAUUGCAUUUCUCAGGGCCGCUCUGAUCAAGACAGGGCUCGAGGUGGUUCAAGACCCGGUGGGCACUGUCCCCUCUUUGUCAAGCCUGCACCUCUCGUCUGCCAACCACCACGAAGUUGGUGACGUGCUAUACUCUUUAGGGAAUGCCCUUGCUGAGCAAUCUGAUGGAACAGACCUCGUCAAAGCGGAAAUCAAUUCGUUCCGCAUUGUAAACCCAUCUUCUACAAAAGCAUGGGACAUGUCAAGCAUAAGAAACGCCAUCAACGAUAGCGAUGUCGAAUCCGACAAACGUGGCACCGAUACCGACGAUCAGCUUAUCUUGUUUGCCCAUGAAGAUUCCUGGCCUCAACACAAGGAAACACCACAUUUUGAUCAUGAGUUGUAUUACAGCAGUCUCAGCCGCUAUAGGAGAAAGGAGCGAGAUUCUCGCGAUUGGGGAACCAUUCUCAUGUACGGAGAAGUUGUGACUAGUACAAACACUAUGCUGGAGAAGAACCCAACCAUUCUCGGAAGUAUCCCAACUGGAUUCACUUUCACUGCGACUACACAGAUUUCUAGUAGAGGCCGAGGCAGUAAUGUGUGGAUAGCGCCACCGGGAUCGCUCAUGUUUUCCAUCCUCAUCAACCACCCUGGGCACUUGAUGACCACCCGACCAAUUGUGUUCAUACAGUACCUCGCAGCUGUUGCUAUUGUGGAAGCAAUUCAAGGCUACGACAAGGGAUAUGAGAAGAUGCAAGUCAGGCUGAAGUGGCCCAAUGACAUCUACUGCCGAGACCCAACCAGGCCCGAAGGCCCACCACACUACGUCAAGAUAGGGGGCAUACUCGCAAACUGUUCGUACAGCUCAGGGAACUAUCAAAUCGUGCUCGGGGUUGGCAUCAACACGAACAACUCCCGGCCGACGACGUCGCUACGUGCACUCGCCGAGGCUGCAGGCCUGCCACCCCUGAAGCUUGAGCAACUUCUGGCCCGCAUCCUGACGCGCAUGGAGGCCAGAUACAACGGCUUCACCAUGAGAGGGUUCUCUGGUGAGCUCGAGGGCGCCUACUACCGCCACUGGCUGCAUUCUGACCAGGUGGUCACGCUCGAGGCGGAGGGCGGCGUGAGGGCCAAGGUUAGAGGGGUCACCAAGGACUGGGGGUUGCUGACGGCCGAGGAGCUGGGGCCCGGAGACAGGACUACCGGUAGGGUGUUUGCCCUGCAGAGUGACGAAAACAGCUUCGACUAUUGGAGAGGGCUUGUCAAGCGGAAGGUCUGA